GAUUCAUACUAAUUACAUUGUUGGUGGAGCUGGGUGCGUUUUGCCCAUUGUCCUUUAAAGCUAUUAUAAUUAUAUUUGUGUUAUUAUUACUUUACUGUACAGUAGUUUGCAGCUAUUACUUUUUCGUCUGCGAUCUAUUUACAAAUAAAGAAAACUAUUCUGUCAGCAACGAUGAACUCUUACAGAUAGACGUUUCACAAGAAGUUAUUAAAAUGAUGACAUCUUUCGAUAGCACAUACCAAACGUAGACUUAAAUAUCAGGGGUGUAGAACACUUUAGCCGUGUGAGCGAAAUUUUGUACUGCGGGGCUAUUAGGCGACUCCGUGUUAUAAGUUUCCCAAUGCUAUCGGGAGAUGGCGCGCAUCCACACCCCUUUUGACAGACGGCCGACAUGGCGUCACCGUAGCAGUUGCGAUAUUAACCAAAUUAUCAGUGAGAACUUGGUUCCUAUACAUUUUUUACACAAAUUCCACCCAACUUAUUUGCAAUGAACCGACAUGGAAAUCGCAUCAAUGUCAGGUAUUGAUAUUUUCUUCAGACUAUGGGCCGCAAUAAAGGUAUAUUAAAGCUAUAAAUUACGAAUUGACUUGGCCAUGGACCCAAUUUUAGAAAAUGAAACUGCCACCUCUGACACUCCCACAAAGUAUAGUAAGAAACACAAAUCGAAAAAGAAAAAAAAUGUGGGUGAUCCACAGAAAGAAAGCCAAACAGUACUUGGCGAGAGGAAAAAAUUUGUUGUAACAACUUUGUCAACAUCUGAUGACAACAAAGACGAUCCUUCUACUAAUGUGGCAUCGAGUAACAUUCACACUGUACAUUUUGGCACCCGUGGUGUGGAAUCGCAAAGGCCUCAUGUAAGAUCUAUAUUUAAGGAACGAGCAGACACCUCCAGGGCGUCUAGUGCAGACAGGGAUUCUGCUGAUACUAAGGAAUAUGAAACUUUUCAUGGUACAUCAUCUAGUCCACGUAGUUCUAUUUUUGAUAUAUUUCGUCUUAGAAGAAAAAGUGAUGCAAAAAGGCAACUAAUUAAGCCUCCUAAAUCUGCAGAAACACCUGAAUCAACAAAAAACGAGGAAAGUGUUUCAGAAUCCAAAGACUCUCAUAAAAAGUAUUACCAUACGGUAACCGGCGUGUCUUCACGAAAAUAUAGUCCAAUUACUAGGGUAAUGGAUAUUUUUAGGAGUAAGCCCCAUACAGACAGUAACCAAACAUCUGUAGACCCGGUUAAAAAGAAAAAUAAUAAAUCUGCGUAUGGUCGCCGAUCCUCCAUCGAAACAACCUCACCGACCUAUCAUAAGAAUUCAUACGCGUCUUUAGAUCCUACACAGGCUAAACAGUUAUUUAGAGAAGUUAGAGGUCUUCCUAAAUAUGACCCUUAUUUAUCAAUUGUUCAAAUUUCAUUAGGCGGAAGAGAUAAAACUCGAUUGUUAUUAAAUUUUUUCAGGUACCAUAAGUGUUAUGAAAUUUUACCUAAAUCCGCAAAAGUAAUAAUAUUUGAUACGCAAUUUUUAGUAAGAAAGACAUUUCCUACGUUAAUUUCACACGGUAUAAGAUCGGCUCCUCUCUGGGAUGAAAAUAAAAAAUUACUCGUAGGGAUGAUCACUGUUACAGAUUUUAUAAGAAUUCUUCUACAUCUUGAAGCUGAAAAUAUAUCAGUGGAAGAUUUAGAACGACAUACUUUACAUAAUUGGAGAAAAAUAUUGCGGUCAAUAAGAAAGCCUUUGUGUUGUGUUGGCCCCGACCAAUCCUUACAUGAAGCAAUUAAUUUAUUACAUAAAAAUCGUGUCCACCGCCUUUUAAUGGUUGAUCCAUAUACUGGAGACGUAUUGUAUAUAUUGUCACAUAAAAGAAUAUUAAGAUUUUUAUUUGUAUAUCUUAAUGAAUUUCCUGAAUUAACAUUUUUCCAUAAAACCAUGGUAGAUUUGAAAAUAGGUACCUAUGAUGAUAUAGUAUCCGUGACCGAUAAUAUGACGAUAAAAUCAGCGUUUCAACUUAUGUUAGAGAAAGAUAUCUCUGCUUUACCAAUAUUGGACGAAAAUGGUAUUCUCAUUGAAGUAUAUGCGAAAUAUGAAGUAUUAAAUUUAGUCAGUGAAAAGCUAUAUUCUAACUUGUCAUUAACGAUAGGGGAUGUUAGAAACAAAAAGAAAGACUGGGAAGAAAAAUUACAAAAAUGUCGUUCGAGUGUUACGUUAUAUGAGGCCUUAGAAGUUAUAGUUAGAACUGAGAGUCAUCGAUUAUUGUUAGUUAAUAAGGAAGAUAAACUUAUAGGAAUUGUUUCACUGUCAGAUAUUUUAGUAUAUUUGAAUAGAAUAAUACCCACAGAGAAAAAAGUAUCAUCCCUUCAAGAGAUAUUCAGACCACUUGAAGAAAAUAAAGUACCGGAAUCACCAAGGGAGACUGAAAACGAAGUAAUAACAAUAGAAGUUCCAGUGGUUAAUGCUGGAAAGAAAUUAACGGUAGAGGUAGAUGAGACAAUACCUGAAAUAAAUAAUUCUCCAAACGAUGACAUUGAAUUAGAAACGACUAAAGAAGCUGUUGAAACAAAUCAAGAUGAUAUUAAAGAAGUAAACGUUACAGUAAAUGGUAAUGAUAUUAUUACAAACGAAGACCCUGCCAUAAAUUCACUCAAAGGUGAUGAACAUAAUAAUGUUAUCGAAGAUGUAAAUAAGUAGUAGAUCAAUUUUUGAAUCCAAAGAAAUUGUGAUAGGUGAUAUCGCCGAGUUAUUUAAUCUCAAGAUAAUUAUGCUUUCGCUUGUAUAUUGAUAUUGUAAUUUAACUUUAAUCAUUAAUAGUUGCAUCAAAUACCACAUGAUUGCCU